UGGAAAAAUAUUUAGAUAACAAAAUACUUCUAUGAAGCCGGACGGGCGAUUAAAUCUGUGUCUCGAAUAGUGUCGAUGGACUGUCAAGUUGGCAGCGAUUCCGUGUUGCCAGGGAGAUAGGUCUGAAUCCCUUCGAAACCAGUUCGAUCGCCAACUAGUUCUUACCAAAAUAAUUAUUAUCAUUCUCCAUGAACGGGUAAGAAUGUAUAGAUUGUCGAGUCUUCCUUUCCCUUUCUUAAAAAUAUCAUACCGUGCUUGUCCAGCAGCGUUUACCACGCUCUGUUCUAAUUUCCGUAUUUAGAAUUUCACGUCAGUUUUGUUAAAUGCCUUGGGAUUGUAACCCUGGCAACAUCGAAGAGGAGGCACCGAGGGAGAAUGAUUCGGCCAUUUUGGGACUUGGAUUUUCUUCCCCGACCUAGCCGGGCUCGGCUUUAUAUUAAAUAAUUGGGACAACGUUCUCAUCUUUGGUAAGUAAUCUUACAUUCGUUUGUGAAGACCGUGAAAUUCGGAAUCUGUUGUUGGAUUAUGCGAUUAUUGACGUGAACCGUUUAUUUCAGCCUGCCCUCAGGUGUACCUUGAGGUUAACCCGUUUCCCGAAAGGGCGAACCAGGAGCGUCCUGGGCACUUCGGAGUUGAUAUUCGAUCACUCAUAAACCCCGGCAAGACGAUUUUCCUCCGACAGGAGGUGUCUACUAGGGGCGCGGCCUUUGGUAGGCCAGAUUCUGUGCCAGUCGACCUGUGCAGCUGGCCCCGCCAGAGUCGGAGCUAUUGGAACCUCCGGCCAUCUGGUCGAGAGAGAGCCGUCGACUGUCGCUACAGUGCAGCUAAGCCUUUCACUACUUUUUCCUAAACUGCGAUUUUGGACUAUUCACCUUUUAGUAUUAACUAUCCAAUAGCGCAAUCGACCAAGUAUCACCAACAAUAAUUAAAACCCGGUUAGAUAAAUAUAAAUUUAGUUUACUAUCAAUAAGUCGUUAAGUAGUGUUUAAGCUCCAAAGUGUAAACUUAACCAGGCCGGCAAUUAAAUUGUACCUGUCCACUAUCGGGUUGUUUGUUUUAUCCCCUUCAGGACCCUUAGUUUAAAAAUAAAGUAUUACAGUGGCGCCCGAAUAGGUUUGGUGAUAUUUGGCUUCUUUCCCUCCAACAUUCAGCGAAGGUUUGAGCUUGGUUGUUUUGUGCUAUUGUAUUUCAAUGUAACUUACUUUAAAAAUAUUUAAAUUUAAUUGAGUUUUGGUUAGCAAGAGUGUCUAACCACAUGUUUUGUCUGGCACAGUCAGUACCUACUGUUGUAUUUCACUUCCAUGUCAUUUUACGGUACUAGGUUGAUUUAGGGAAGAAAAUCCACUGUUUACAUUUAUUUUUUUAGUUGUAUUUAUUUUAAGGACUCUUUACAUCCACUUUUAUUUUUAUGAAAACAUUAUUUCCACUGUGUUUAAUGUUAUUUCAUAUUACUUGUUGACUCUUUAAGAGUGUGCUAUACCUAAACUGGUGAACUUAAACUUGUUGUUGGUCGAUAACGCUAUAACAUUCUUAAACUUAUAAACUAGGUAAUUAUUUCUUUUCGGGGAAAAAUAUAAGGAAAAUACAUUUAAUAUUUAAUAGUGAUAACCUUUACUACUGUAACAAUGGCGAAUGAGACCGCUUUGGAGGAGCGUCCAAUAGCUUUUAAUCUCUUAAAAAAAGAUGAACUCGAGUAUGAAGUGACGGUGCGCCUCGGGGUACCACUGACGACAGUGAUGGAGCUCCGGAGCCAGCUCCGGAAGUUGAAUCAGGAGAUUCCCACUGACGAGGUCGCGGAUUACAAUGGUGACGUCAAGGAAGAACUGGACAUAAUAUCUGCAAAAAUGGACGACCUUCGUGACCAACUACAGUCACCAACACAGCGUCGUACUUCCUUGAAGCUUCUUAACCGCGUACAGGCGGUUGCACACCAUCUUUACCACCGUCUAACCCGCCUAACACCAGCUGAAUCAGAGGCCUCAAGGCAUUGUGAAUUAAGUGAUCAGUUGGAUAAACUACUAUCUCGCCUUGACAAUGUGUUGAUUAAUUUUAGAAGUGCAUUGUCAAGGGAUGUCGCACUCGAGGUUGACAAACCGAAUCCUACGGCCUUACCAGCAUGCACAAAACACCAUAAUUUGGUGCAAAAAUUAAAUUUAAAAUAUGAUGGCAAGACCUGUGUCAAAGCUUUCUUACGUAAGUUAGAGCAAGUGCGUGUGUCACGUGACAUACCGGAUUCAACCUUAUUUCGCUCCGCCUGCGAACUAUUCACGGACGAGGCAUCCUCGUGGUUUAACGGAAUCUGUGAUCAAGUACACUGCUGGACGGACCUGAAGGCUGUGAUGAUCCGUGAUUACCUCCCAUUAGAUUAUAAUGUCCGACUUAUGAGGGAAAUACGUGCUAGGACGCAGGGUUUUGAUGAGUCAAUAGUUAACUAUGUCAGCGUAAUGCUUAAUUAUUUUUCCCGUUUAGAGACACCCUUACCAGAGGCCGAGAAAUUGAGUAUAUUGGUACAAAAUGUCAGACCAUUCUAUUCUAAACAAUUGGCAUUAUUUAAAAUAGAAUCUAUAGGUGAACUUAAAGAUCGUUGUCGGCAGCUAGAGGCCGCCACUCAAAGCGCCAAACGUUUUGCCGAGCCUGACAGAGAUUUAAGUAAGUCACUGGCCCAUGAUUUGGUUUAUAAGCCACUCACAACAAAAACUGUCUCGGCAGUGCAAGCAUCGGCUGACUUUUGUGUGCGGUGCCGCGUGGACGGUCACACCUUGAAAACUUGUAAAGCAGCUCCUAAACUCGUUUGUUAUCGCUGCGGCGAGAACGACGUAACAGCCCGUACUUGCCCUAAAUGUGCGUCCACACCUAGUACCUCAAAAAACUAA